AUGGAUCGAAGCCACACUCUAGACCUGAAAAGCACCGAUAUGAAGGAGAAACGCCGCUUUGAUAUUGACCCCAUUCGUGCUGGCCCCCCAAGAUUUGAUCGGUACCAAAAACUUCUGGCCCGACUCUACGAGUCAUUAUUUCUUUUGAAGGCACUUGGACAAACUCGAGGCGAACAUACAACCCAGCUCACGAGCCCCGAUCUUCCUAUGGAAAAGAGACGAAGAUUCUUACAGAAUCUUGCUUAUGUGUGUGAUUUCAAGAAAGGAGGGGAUUCUUGA